AUGGCAGUUUUCUUUAUCUGCUUCAGAGAAUGCCUGGAGACAACUAUAGUUGUGUCCGUCCUUCUGGCUUUCUUGAAGCAGUCGUUAGGGAGGCCAGAGGACCAAAAAACGUAUAAGAGUCUAGUGAAACAGGUCUGGAUAGGAUGUGGUUUAGGUCUGUUUAUUUGUCUCGCCGUUGGAGCGGGCAUGAUUGGCGCCUUUUACGGCCUCGGUACGGAUUCAUUCGCUAAGACCGAGGAUAUCUGGGAAGGUGUCCUAGCCAUCAUCUCCUCGUUGAUUAUCACUCUCAUGGGCGGAGCUCUUCUACGCGUUUCCAAAAUGCAGGAUAAAUGGAGAGUGAAGCUGUCCAAAGCUCUGCAGCACAAAAACUACUCGAACGAGUCUGGAAGGGGUCGCUUGAGGCGGUGGACAGAGAAGUACGCGAUGUUUAUUUUGCCGUUUGUGACUGUGCUACGUGAAGGCCUCGAGGCUGUUGUCUUUGUCGGUGGUGUCGGAUUGGGGCUUCCUGCCACCUCAUUUCCUUUGGCUGUCGUGUGUGGUCUUCUGGCAGGCUUUGUGAUCGGAUACUUGAUCUACAGAGGAGGACGAGAAGCAUCCAUGCAAAUCUUCCUGAUCAUUUCCACUUGUUUCCUCUACCUAGUGGCUGCCGGGCUGCUCUCGCGCGGCGUCUGGUUCCUUGAGAACAACGCAUGGAACCUUCAAGUCGGAGGCGAUGCGUCAGAAACUGGAUCCGGCGCGGGGUCCUACGAUAUCCGCCAAAGUGUCUGGCACGUCAACUGCUGUAACCCGAACAUAGGGGGAGGAGGUGGCUGGGGUAUUUUCAACGCCCUGCUUGGAUGGACAAACUCAGCAACUUUUGGGUCGAUACUCUCGUACAAUCUGUACUGGAUCUGCGUCAUGGUCGGCUUCUCUCUGAUGCUCUACCGCGAGAGAUGCGGUUCCAUUCCUGUUAUUGAUCCGAUACUUACUCGCGUUAAGGGGUAUAAGGCAAGAGCUAAGGUAUUUAUAAUUCGUCGGCCUGUGGAACAUGACACGCCUCCCUUCGAGCCUGCUAAUAUUAUUGAGCCGACUCUGAAGAAUGGCUCUGGUGCUGGGAAUUCGACGGUCAUGCGGCCCAAAGUGUAG